AGGUAAAAAGGCCCUGAAAUUGUAGAGGAAUCGAUCGUGAAACGUCGCGAGUCAAACGCUCGAUUGCUCGACAGUCGAUUAUUCAACCGUAACCGAAUUCAAUAUGACUGCGAUGUAACAUCUGACGGAUUUUCGUCUCUCGUUUACAGGGGAGACGUGUCUCGCGUCCCGGGUUAUUUACCUUGUCGUCGAUAUUUCCCAUCCUUCCAGCGAGGAGUUAACCAAAUCUUUUACACACCGGCCAAUGGAUUGCGUUGGCGAGGAUGUUCUUGCAAAGGCAGACUUAUUUUUCCCGGUUGAUCAAAUCCUAUCCGAUUCUGAAGCUCGUCGAUGUGUACGACCGUCAGUCGUUCAUACGGGCUUACGUGUUGGACAACGUGUAUAUCUGCGUGCUGAUGCACAUACUUUUCUACGUGGCUCUGUGGUACGCCACCACGGUGAUUAAGAAAAUGGAAAAGUCGAACAAGGAGAUGUUAAAGAUUAUGGAGCAGAAUAGAACGAAAUUGGACGACAUAGGGGCGUUGAAGGAUAAGAAAACAGAGUACGACAAGGUCGUGGUUAAAGUGAAAGAAACGCAAAAAUUAACAUCGAACGAGCUGGAAGACGAAAUGCGAAGACUGAGCUCCGAGUUGAUCAACGCCGCGGACAAGCUGUCGGAGUUGGAGAAGAUCGUGGAGAAAUUGAUUUUCAGUACAAGUCCAGCGGGAAAUCGUGCGAGAGUUCUGCGGGCGACGUCGCUGACCGAGAAAACGAGCACCCGGGCACGACUCUUACGGGCUCGCUCGAGAAUCUCAAGAUACUCGAACCGUCAUUUCCACCGCCCUUGCCUCCGGAACCUCCGCCCAGGAAAUAUGGGAUCUUUGUCACUCGACCUCCUGGCCAACGUCGUCCAACUCCCGCAGUUGCAGCUGCAUCUACACCGCCAAAAAUCGGAUUCAAGUAACUACGCCUCUGUCGAGGCUUCCUCGGAAUCAGCGAUUUAUCAACGUUGAGUAUUUUUAUUUUUCCGUUUUUUUCGCUUCUCUGAUUUUUUUUUGUUCUUUUCUUCGACUAUAUAUUUUUCUGUUAAGAAUUUCUCCAAAUUGCUAGAAUUUUAAAUGAGGAGAAUUUUUAUAAAGGAGAAGAAGAGGAAUAUAUAAUGUAAUAAAAUGUUUCUACACAAUUUUUAUUAAAUAGAAGUUAUUUUUCGUGUGAUGUUUUGCAUUUAUCGUUGAAUUGAUUCGACGAGGAUAGAUGCCUGCGAUAAAUGUUAAUUAAUUUAUCCUCUGGUUUUGUGAGGAGAGAGUAAUGUGUUUCUAAUCCGCUUUCUCCUUUCUCUGUCAGCAAUUGGACGAGUAAUUGAAACGUUAACUAGAUGUAUAAUUGAAGCUAUUCAUUCAACUUUCUGAAACACAGGAAUUAAUAAGUGGAAGUUAGAGGUUAUGCGCUCCAGAAAAUCAUAACAACUCGCUUGAACGCUCCUUUCGGGCGCAACUUUCCAAUUAAUAAAAGUCGAGUUUGAUCGUUUGAUUUCCAGAACGGAAAAAUUGAUCUGGAGUGGUGGAGAUCGCCGACACAACGACAGAAGAAGAAAACGAUACGAGAAAUUCUGGAACAACGCUACUUCGUCACGGUUGAAUGUGAAGAAAUUGAACACUGGAACUCUGAAAAACGUGACACCCCUUACUAAAUCCUUGUUGGGCCUCGUCACUAUUUUCACGAAAGAGAAAUAUUAAAUUUCUGUGUCAGAACGUCAAAUUUGUGUCAAAUUCGUACUU